AUGCCUUCGUCAAACACCAUUUUUCAAAAUAAUGAAGUAUUAAGUAGUAAUACAAACGCAAUAGUAUCUCCUAUUAGAUCAACAACUCCACCAAUACGAAAUAGUCCCAAUAAUCAACUGCUAAAUCAAUUAACUAAUAAACCAUCUUACUCCACAAUCAAUCAAGAAAAUCAUUCAUCUUCUUCAAAUUAUACUGAUCAAAUUUCACAAUUAAAUUCAAAUGUAGAUAUAGAUACCAUUAACAAGCAUUUAAUAAAUCAAGAAGAUAGUUUGAAAUCACAAGGUGGUGAUAUAACAAGAAGAAUUUACCAUCAAAUGGGAAAUAUAAAUGAUGAUACAAUACCUAAACGAAGAACAAGAAGUUCGUCAUUUUCAACAUAUUUAGAAGAAGCAAGAAAAGGGUCAUUUGCAAGUGAUAUAAAUGUGCCUGGUGGUUUUCGUAGAGAAUUUAUUAUUAAUCAAAGUUUGAAGAAGAAUCAACAACCUCCAAAUUUUUUAACGAGAAAUUUUAUGGAAUUUUUAAGUAUCUAUGGUCAUUUUGCAGGUGAAGAUUUUAACGAUGAAGAAGAAGAAGAAGAAGAAGAAGAAGAAGACGAAGAAGAAGGUCAGUCUGUGAAUGAAGAAUACGAAGAUGUGUUUGAUGAAGAACUGAGUUUGUUGAGUAGGGGUAUUCAACAAGUUCCAAAAAGAAGAGAACAACCAAAAGGUACUGCAUCAGUAUCAAAAACAUUUUUUCUACUUUUCAAAAGUCUUGUUGGAUCUGGAGUUUUAUUUUUACCUAGGGCAUUUUAUAACGGUGGGAUGUUGUUUUCAAUUAUAACUUUAUCAUUAUUUGGUUUAUUAACAUUAUUUUGUUAUAUUGUAUUAAUUAAAUCAAAAAAAAUUCUUAAAUUAACAUCAUUUGGUGAAUUGGGAUAUAAAACUUAUGGAACACCAUUAAAAAUUUUCAUUCUUAUUUCAAUUAUAAUUUCACAAAUUGGGUUCGUUGCAACUUAUAUUUUAUUCACUGCAGAAAAUCUUAUUGCAUUUUUAAAUCAUGUAUUUAACAUUGAUUGGUUAACAAAUGGACAAAUUAUAUUUUUCCAAUGUCUUUUAUUAAUUCCAUUGGUCUUGAUUAGAAAUUUGACUAAAUUAUCAUUAGUUUCAUUAAUUUCAUCAAUAUUUAUAGUUAUUGGAUUAUUAAUCAUAUUUUAUUUUUCAACUGCAAAUAUUUUAAAUAAUGGAAUUGGAAAAAAUAUUGCAAAUUUUAAUUCAAAUUCAUGGACUAUGUUAAUUGGAGUAGCAGUUACAAGUUUUGAAGGAAUUGGAUUAAUUUUACCUAUUGAAUCAUCAAUGGCUCAACCAGAAAAAUUUCCACUUGUAUUGUCAAUUUCAAUGUUUUUCAUUACUUUAAUAUUUGUAUCUAUUGGUUCAAUUGGUUAUUUAUCAUUUGGAGAUAAAAUUAAAUCAAUUAUAAUUUUAAAUUUACCACAAUCAAAUAUUUCAGUACAAUUAAUACUUAUAUUAUAUUCAAUUGCAGUAUUUUUAUCUGCUCCAUUGCAAUUAUUUCCAGCUAUAAAAAUUGGAGAAAGUUUAAUUUUUAAUCAAUCAAAUAAAGAUGGAAAAUUGUAUAGUGGUUCAGGUAAAUAUAAUUCUCAAGUUAAAUGGUUAAAGAAUGGGUUGAGAGCAAUUGUAGUUUGUAUAAUUAGUGGGUUAGCAUUUUUAAAUGCUGAUAAUAUUGAUAAAUUUGUAAGUUUCAAUGGUUGUUUUGCUUGUAUUCCUUUAGUUUAUAUUUAUCCACCAUUGAUUCAUUUAAAAACAAGUGAAAAACAAGAAGCUAAUAAAAUUGAUAGAUAUUUAAGAAUAAUAGAUUAUCUAUUGAUUGUUGUUGGAAUUUUGGUUGUUAUUUAUUCAAGUUAUCAAAUUGUAUUUUUAAAUUAG